AUGCUUCGUCGGCCGCGCCAAGUAUUAUCGGGGCCACAGAUCUGCCAGGCCUGUGAGCUGAUUUCCGGACGGCAAUGGAUACGGCAGACCGGUCGCCCCUCACUCGGAUCACGCCCGGCCCGGCACACGUCGGAAACCAACAGAGCGGCCUUGGCCUUGUCGGCUGCAUCCCGGUGCUUUGCGACCUCGCGGCCAAACUUCCGACCCCGGAAGCCACAACAACAACCGGAACAAAAUGAGGACCCUGGGUCAGAAUCCGGACGGCCCCGGUUCGGGAGACCAGAAGCGGCAACUGCAGCUAAUCAUCAUCCCGGAGUGGAUGCCGCCACAGCCGCGGCCUCUGUGGGGCGUGUUCUCAGGACCUUUUUAGGCCCCGAAGGCAUCCCGUCCGAAGCAGCCACUCUCGCAGCACUGCGGGGAAUCUCCGAGAUUGACGUGCGGCCGGCCGUGAAGGACGCAAAGGAGAAGGCCAGCAGCGCCACAGAUGGUGAGGCUGCUGCGGAACUAUUAGGGCAGCAAAAUCAGGCCGCUCAGCGGGCCCAGGACGCAGUCGACAAGGUAUCCGACGCAGCCUACAAAAUCAUCACGCAGCCGACAGUGGUCAUCACGCCCGCCGUGCUCGCCGAGUACGUCCGCAUCCAGGGCCGUCUGCUCCGGCCGAAGAGCCUUCCGCAAAUUCUCAAGCUGUACGCGACGAAGCCCACGCCCAAGAUGGUAUCAGGCGCCAUCCAAUAUGUCGAGCCCAACCCAAACCGGGCGGCUGCGGCGGUGGACCUCACCGUCGCCGACGAGGCCCUGGACGCUGCCAUCGCGGCCAAGGACUUCGCGGCCGCAGUAGGCAUCGUGCAGAGCGCAUACGCUACCAAGGCCUACGUACGGGCCCAGCUGCUCCGGCGGGCGCUUCUCCCCACAGCUUUGGUCACCGGUAUACCCGUGGUCCUGUACAUUGGCGCGACCCAGCUAGCGCAGCUGCAAUACUCUAUGGAGCCCAAGGUAGCCACGGGCGUGGCCUUCGUCGGCGUGCUCUGCUAUGUGGGGUUCACGGCGACCAUCGGGAUGGUAGCGCACACGACGGCGAACGACCACGUGAAGCGGUUGAGCUGGGCCAUCGGCACGCCGCUGCACCACCGGUGGCUCUACGAGGACGAACGGGCCGCGAUGGAUAAGGUGGCAUGCUCGUUUGGUUUCUCGGACGAGGCCCGCUACGGAGAGGAGGAAGGACCUGAGUUCCAGUGGCUGCGGGAGUAUGCGCUGACCCGGUACAUGAUUUUGGACGCUGUCAGUCUCAUGCCGGGCAUGAACUAA